AUGUCUUGCAUCAACAAAUACGAAUCAUCAAAAAGUGAUGAUCAAAUAUUAGAUCUUUUAUCACGAUGGUCAAUAAAACGUUUUGAACCAAUUGAUUCUUCAUCUUUAUUACGUUCAAAAUUAAUUUGUUAUCAACCUCUUAUUGUUAUUCAUUUAAUUAAAGAAGAUUUAAAUGAAAAAAAAGGAAAUGAAAAAAAAUUAUCCAAAUAUUUUCAAGAUAAUUAA